AUGGCGAACCGGCAAAUCACACGGCGCAUCGCCAUCAGCGCUGCGAUCUCAAUAUGCCUAUUGUUCUUCCUCUUUAUCCGUCCGCAGGGACCUUCGAGUCCCGCUGUCCGAGCCCCAGGGCACAUUUCACAUAAUCCGCCUGCAUCAGGGAUUACCAGUCAAGAAGAUUUAUUGAAAGGGGCUGUUGUGAUGCCGAGGCUGGGCAAUGAGACUGCCAAAGCUGAGCUGGGCCGUGCAACAUGGAAGUACUUCCACACCGUCAUGGCGCGAUUCCCCGAGAAGCCGACCCUCGACGAGCAGGAAGCCCUGCGCUCAUACAUUCACCUUUUCGCGCGACUUUAUCCUUGGGGGGCAUGCUUUAUUCACAACGAGGUCAACGCGAUGCUCGACAAACCAGAAUUCGACUGCAACGAUCUCGGCUCCUUUUACGACUGCGGAUGCGCCGACGAUGAAGAAAGUGGCGAUGAGAAAACCAAGGAUGGGCGCUCGGCGACUCGUGCAGAUACGCCACAGAACGCGGUCGAUCUUCACGAUCACCUGGCCGUGGAAAUCUCCAAGGAAGCGACCACGCGCGGUUGA